CUCGGCAGUUCCCAUGGCGGAUUCCUUGCCCGCGCUGUCCCUGCGGGAAGGCGGCCCCCGCGCGCCCAGGCCCGCGGCCCCCUCGCCGCCGCCGCAGUCGCGCCCGGGUUUCGAGUCCGAGGAAGCCGAGCUGUCGCUCAGCUUGGCCCGCACCAAGACCCGCUCGUACGGCAGCACGGCCAGCGUGCGGGCGCCGCUGGGCGCCGGCGUCUUCGAGCGCCUGGUGGAGCACCGGGUCCGUGCCGGUGACACUUUGCAGGGCAUCGCGCUUAAGUACGGAGUCACGAUGGAACAGAUUAAAAGGGCAAAUAAGCUGUUCACCAACGACUGCAUAUUCCUGAAGAAAACCCUGAACAUCCCCGUGGUAUCAGAGAAGCCUUUGCCAUUUAAUGGACUUGACUCUGUUGACUCUCCACAAAAUGAAACUCUGGAGAGCAGCUUUUUUCAGGGGGAGGAGCCUGCGGUGGCCGGGGAAGAGCAGUCCCCGCUCAGUCCUCAGGACAUGCAGCCCGCACAGCAGGUGGAAGAAGUAUCGGCCAGAGACUUCCUGCAGAGACUGGACUUGCGGAUUGAGCUGUCCACACAGGCCACCAGGAAGCUGAAGGAAGAGAGCAGAGAUGAAAAUGAUCCCUAUGCAACUUCUCUCUAUCACAGUUAGGUGAUGAGCCAGCAUAAUUCAUCUAGAUUUUGGGAUGGAUGGACCAUGAAAAGUCUGAAAACUGAAGAUGCAAAAGCCUCUCUUUUGGAUUCCCCUGGCAUCGUCUUCAAACCCUAACUAAGCAGACCUACUCAGUUGUGCUGAAGUGAUCGGUUCCCUAUGGCUUUCUGUAUUUUUAAGUCCUUGUUAUGGCAUGAGAGCAAAACUGUAUUGGAGCUCCUCACUUUUGUAGCUGGUGGUAGUUUUUAGACUGGCUUUUGUAAAUCCUGGUUGACAUAAAGCAGCAAAGAUUAUUUAUAUAUUCAAGCUGAAAACAGUGUUUCUUGUUUUGGGGUACUGGGGAUUGAACCCAGGGCCUUGUGCUUGCUAGGCAAGUGGUCUGUCACUUGAGCUACACCCCCUGCCCUAAGCUGAAAACUGUUUCUCCUCUGGUAAAUCCUAGCUAUGUGAAAAACAUGGUGGCCGUUUAAGUGAUGCUGAAUUUGCUGUGUGUUUAUAACAAGUGCUAGAUAUAUAUAUUUCAACAUGUAUUACAUAUUCUGUAUUAAUAA